UUCUUCUCAUUAAUGACCCUGGACCUCUCCCAAAGAUCGACUAAAAUCGACAUGCUGCUGUCAUUUUAGUUGCUUCAUCAGCCAACACCAUCCAUUUACCACUACUACUCUCUAUCUACCCACCUAACUAACUACCCAACCAUGGAGCCUACUAUCUUGGAAGCGAUGCGAAAGCAAGAGGAAGAGCAUUACGCGAUUCGGGGAGACUACUUUCGACAGCACGAUUGCUUCCCAACUGCUCCUCCCACGCUCAACGUGGACCAUGCCAAUCGCGAAAGCAUGACGGAGUGGUCCUACAAAGUCAUUGAUUUUCUCAGCUUUCACCACGAGACUGUGGAAAUAUCCAUGAAUUACUUUGAUCGCUACUUGCUCACCAAGGCAGGAGCCGAGGCUCUGGGCUGCUCCAAGCUGUUCCAACUUGCCAACAUGGCGUGUCUCUACCUGAGCAUUAAGAUCCACGAAGAUGUGGUACUGGAUUCCAAGUUCAUGGCCAACUUGAGCAACGGUCUUUUUACUCAUGAUCAGGUGGAACAGAUGGAACUCCAUGUGUUGGCAGCCCUCCAGUGGUAUCUGCAUCCUCCAACGGCGGUCGCCUUUGUACGAGAGUAUUUGAACCUAUUACCACACUCGGUCUCGGAUGCCAUGAAAGAAAAGACAGCUUCGCUUUGUGAGCCACAAAUUCAAACGUCGGUCAUGGACUAUAGUUUGAUCAAUGCCAAGGCUUCUACGGUGGCUCUUUUUUCCGUCAUGAAUGCGCUGAAAGUUCAGGGAAUGGAUCCAGUAUUGCUCGGCCAUAUUGGUUCCUUGCUAUCCUAUGCCUCGCGCAUUGACCAUGAAAGUGUCCGUACGGACAUUCAGCAAUCCUUAUAUCAAGCUGUUAUCGAACACAUAACAGACGCUUCCUCUCCAACUGCCGUGGGCAUGAACUGUGCCGGAGGUCUUGCUGCCUCCAUCUCCCCACUAAACAAGGAAUCAUCCUAUAUGGACGAACAACGAGCUACUUUCAAUGAGUCUCCCUGUGGUGUUUUCUCUUAAGUUUUUUAAAAAGAAAACGAAGAGAAAGAGAGCACAGCAAACAACAAGGCAUGGACAGCAGCAAGGCUUUCAUCCAGUUAGCUAUUUGCUCGAAGCGGUACAGCCCAAGUGUUCCGAUAACAGUCAUGACUGACGCAAGUCGACUAGUAGCACAGCCACCAAAUUGUUGAUCCUGAAUGACCAACCUGUUGCCCCUUGAGAUGACGAACACGCACGCUACCAACAACAGCUCACAAGCCAAACUACAAACUACUACUGCACUCCAACGACAUGCAAUGCAAUGCAUUGCAGUUCAGGGUUAGUUCACCGACAAGACAUGCCUCGGGAACCAACCGACUUAUUGGCUACCUGCACGCCUACCUACAACAUGGAUCCUCGUUCCAUCACAUACUAGCUAGCUACCCUUCAACUUCACUUACUCAAGCCAGGAGUAUCCUUUUGCCUGCUUUUAUCAAGUUUACGUACACAUUAUUUGCACCACACAAACCACGGUGCUUACCCAUCAACCAGUGGCCUGCCUAGAAGAACGCCACAAUAUGACCCUUUCGAUUCCUUUGACAAUACGAUAUCUACGUGUACAUUGCACUACUUUGCUAUAAUAUUUUAAAUUCAUUAAACAAGAAGAGCACAUAGCACUCACUUGGCAUAAUAACUAGCUAGAAGCUACACAGCUAGUACCAGGUAGCAGCUAU